AUGUGGAGAACGGAGCUUCAAGACUUCAAGGAAGAAUUUCAACUUAUACAAUUCCGUUUAAUCUACUCAAACUCUGGCGAUUUUGCCGAGUCUCCGGUAAGAGUGUCAUCGAUUUCGAGUAUCAGCAAAUGUCGCCAUUGUUCGUGUAUUUGCAUGAGCAGCCAUCGGCUUUUUCUUGUUACUCUGUAUCUUUUUUUAGAUGAGUACAUACUUCUCAGUCUGAACUCAGAUAGUCAGUUAAAGAAUCUCUGAAUACUUUCACUUAAACUGUGUGUAAUGUCGACACUAAAGCUAGUAGCGGUUUCCUGUUAAGUCUUCGAACAGAUUCAUCGAUCUUCAAUCGUCUGAAUCAAGACAGCAAAUAAUUUCGCUCGUAUGACUUCAUUCAUUUUUCGGGAGAGAUUUUUGAAAACAGUAGAUCUUAGUAUUUCGAAAAUCAACUUUAAGGCCCAUACACAUGUAUUAAUUACAAUAUUGUGUCCAAACAUCGCUAGGAUUUCGAAUUUUUUACUUGAGAUAGCAUUAGAUUAUUUUCUCGGAUAGUCACUAUUCUAAUUUGUUGAUUUUAAAUUUAGCAUAUAGAAUAGUUCUCAUUAAAUUAUCGGCUAUCGUUUAAAGAGAUCGAUCAGUGAGGUACAUAUAGAGGUUUAACUGUUUUCAUUUGUCGACACUUCCAUUACUUUCCUCUUUGAUUAUACUUAAGAAAACGACAUACUCGACCCGGAACUCUUCACUAUAUAAUUAAACUAUAAAAAGUACUUAUGUGUAUAUUUUUCGACGCUUCGCUGGAUUUACGGCUUCAACUCAGUUUAUCCAGAAGUUUUUAAGUAUCAUCACUCAUUUCAAUUUCGUUUCGAGGACGAGCGUCCAAAUUUUUUUUUCGAACUUUACUAACAGUAUCCAGAUAAAAAAAAAUGUACAUAGUCCAAGGUCUAGAGCACAUUCAUAAACCUAGCUUAAACCAAAAGACAACAAAGCGCCGUCUUAAAUAAUCGUGGCUUGGAAGAGUGAAAGAUCUACUGGUACCAGAAGCUCACAGAAGGUGACAAAUCCACAUAAUUUUGACGAAAACACAUCGUUUGAUUUUUUUUUAAUGUCGUGAUGUACUUCAAUCGUGUUUGUUAGCGCCCAAUUUUUCACCCAAAUUAUUUCUGAGAACGGGCUUCACUCGAAAAUUAUCAUGAAAACUCCAUUAACAAUUAGUACGCAACUUUGAUGAUGUGUCACGCGAUCGAUUGAGUUUUCAGCUGAUUACCAUUCCUUCUCCAGCUAUAAUUAUGAAUAAAUUAGUUAUUUGGAUAUGCGUGACCUGAAAUUUAAUAUCCUUUCAAGAAGUAAGAGCCUUUUCUUGACUGAUAUAAUUCUUAUGCAAUUGCAAAAUUUCAGAAAGUACCAAAUGUUGGUUACCGUACCCGACUUAACCGAAUUUGCUAACAGUUAUUCACAACUCACUGAUUUGAUUAGCAACAGCCAACCUGUAAAGGUUAGAAGCUCGCAUGCUUUCACUGUAUAGCCCAGUAAAUUCAAAAGCUAGUUUGUUUGAAUUAAAAUCUUCUCCCUCUAUUUAAGACCAGAAAUAUAAUAAAUAUGUUACUAACUUCGUAUUCUCGGUACUUGCUGUAAGGAACGUUGUUUUUUUUGCGCUCAGAUUUAUGGCCCACUCGUUUCGCACUUGGGCCAUAAAUCUGGGCUAAAAAACCCAGUCCUUAAGUUACAGUACGGACCUCAAACUCAGUUAACAAGAACUAUGUAUAUCACAGUUAUUAUUUCCAAAAAACCCUUCAAAAUUGAAGGAAAUUUUCCUCUCUGUUUCAGUGGUUUAAUGUUUCCGUGAUAUUCACAUACCGCCUUAUAGUUGCUGUUUACUGCCUCGCCUGGAUUAUUUACAGCGGUUUUCAUCCAGCUAACAAAAAUCACAAGUGGUUUAUUUACCUCACCAACUGGAGUUUCUUGUUUGUGACAUUAUACUUCGUAUUAUCCACUGUAAUAACAGCGGUGUACUACAGAGGCGAAUGCAGACAGGGCGAAUAUGAAAUCAGAAGUCCAGAACCAAUUCCCUUGAGGCGAUCUCGUUCAGGAAUUUCGCGUUCAUCAGACAUAGAUACACGCGAUAAGUCGCGUGAAGAGACACGCGCGAAGUCAGAAUCUCGAGAUUCCACGCGAGAGAAAGCUAGAAGUCGAGAGGAGGUUAAAGCUUCGGUAAAUCCGCUGGAAGUUAUGCAAGAGCUUCCUAUGUCUCGUUAUCAUGAAGCAUUAUGGGUAAUAUACAACAUUGCUGCAAAUACGGCCUUACUCAUUACUGCAACAAACUGGGACUACUCUGAUUUUCAAAUGGAUGGAUUGAUAGUUACCACUCAAAUCCUCAAUACUGUUUUUAUUUUGAUCGAGACUUUACUGGGAACAGUUCCACUUCGUUUAUUUCACGUAAUUCAUCCAAUGCUUUUUACUACUGUCUACAUCAUGGUUACUGUAGUUUACUGGGCGAAUGGGGGUACAAACAUCUUAGGUCAACCUUAUAUUUAUUCAAAAUUAGACUACAGCGGAAAUCCAACGCAGAGUAUUGGGACCAUCCUUGGGUUUUUCUUUGUUGGUCAUCCGCUGACCCAACUUGUUUUAUUCAUUGUGUUUCGGGUUCGGCAUUGGUUGAGCAAGAAAUUUAGCAAAAAACUUAUUUGGUGAAAGGAAGGAAAAAUUCAAUACACCACCAGGUGAAAUUUUAUCAAGAUUUUUCCUCUGUUUGACACUUUGAUAAUAGUAAAUCUUAGAUUUGCCGGUGUCAUCCAUAAGUCUUAAAUCUUAAGCUUAAAAUAAAGUGUUUUC